ACUCUUUAAUAAUAAUAAUGAUAAAAAUACUCAAUUGAGUUGUGUAAAAAAAAAAUGAUAAAAAAUACUCAAAGUAACACACGGAGCAACGCCCGGGCCGAACACUAAUUAGACCUUAAAAGUAUACGAGUAAUUUGUUUAUUGAGGUGAUUAACGAAGUAUAAUUAUUUUGUAAAGGGCUCCCCAAGACCCAACCCCCCAAGGACCCCAACAGCCAACAGACAACCAAACACCUUACUUAAACACAAAAAUUUCGUACUCGUACUAACGAAUUGUCUACUUCUUCCUUAACCUCAGUUGUGUUUAUCAAUGGCUUCUUCCUUAACCUCAGUUGGGUUAGUGAGCAACCCAUCAAUCUCUUCCCUCAAAAUACAAGAAAAAUCUUAUAAAUUUACAUCCUUUGCUAAUUUUGGACAGAAAAAUCACAAAACUUUGAAGUGGGUUAAUCCCAAUCUCAAUCUGAAAAGGGUGAUUCUGAUUACAGCAUCAGCUUCAAAUGGGUCUCCUGGGAUCUAUUCUUCCCAACAAUUGGAGCUUUCAGUGAAGACUGUUGACCUAGUUUUGGAAGAAGUCAGACCUUAUCUCAUUUCUGAUGGUGGAAAUGUGGAUGUUGUUUCUGUUGAAGAUGGCAUCCUUACCCUUCAACUUCAAGGAGCAUGUGAGACUUGUCCCAGCUCAACAACCACCAUGACAAUGGGUAUCGAAAGAGUGCUGAAGGAAAAAUUUGGUGAUGCAGUCAAGGAUAUUCGUCAAGUUAAUGAAGCACAAAUAAAUGAAACAACUGUUAAGGCUGUGAACAGUCAUCUAGACAUACUAAGACCUGCUAUUAAGAACUAUGGGGGAGAGGUGGAAGUUAUAACCAUUGAGGAUGGGGAUUGCACGGUUAAAUAUAAGGGACCAGAGACCAUUGGGUCAGGAAUUAAAGCAGCUAUCAAAGAAAGAUUUCCAGACAUUUCAAAUGUGAUCUUUACGAGCUAGAAAGGUAGUGUUUACUAGCUUGUAUGGUUUUCAUAAUACUUUGUAAGACCAUCUGUUGUACGGAAAUGGUAAAUCUUGUAGAUAAUUGAUGUUUAUUAACUCAACAAAUAUGAUAAAUUCAUUAGAGAAAACUUGUCUAUAUUUCUACUCUUUAAGAUAUUGUUCUGGCUUUCAUUUGAUGCAAGAUUGCAACAGCAUAUUGGAUGAGAAAUUCAUGCCUCGUUCUUCACACCACGGGCAAGAAAAAUCGAUUUAAGCCAUCUUGAAAAAUUGAUCAAGAAUGGUGUGUAAACAAAAUAGCAAGUGAUGGUCCAGCUGACAAGUCCCUGCAUUACACAAUCCAACUCUUCAUUUUAUAGGGUGAAACUCGACUAUAUAGAGCGGUGUAAGUAGAGCUUAAUUACAAUUACCUCGCCAAAGAUUUGUAAAUUUGCCUGAGGAUAGUACCAUAGGUGCAAAUACCUGUGAAAUAGCAGAGGAAUACACGAUAAGGAUUAUGGAAUUUCUGUUACAAUGUUUUGGAAACAACAUAAUGUAGUUAUACAAUUUUCUUUACUUGCUC